CGCGGAGCUGUCACCGCAGCAGACGGGACGGAGCGCUCGGCGGGCGCGGAGCCAUGGCCGCCGCCAACGGGGCCGCGGGGACCGGGCCGCCCGACAGGAAGCCGCCGGCCCUGCCGCGCCCGGUGCGCGGCCUGGAGGUCAAGUUCACCCAGAUAUUCAUCAACAACGAGUGGCACGCGUCCACCAGCGGGAAGAAGUUUGCCACCUGUAACCCCUCGACGCUGGAGCAGAUCUGCGAGGUGGAGGAAGGAGAUAAGGUGGGUGUGCCCCCGCGGCCCCCGGGAUCUCCGUUCUGGAGGCGGAAGGCCGAGGAGGGGGGGUCGGCUCAGGUGUGGCAGGUCCCUGCUGCUCUCUGCCCCAACCACAGUGUCAUCCCAAGCUGACUCUCUCCCUCUCUC